GAGAGAACGAAAGUUACGCAGCCAUUUGUGUGUAAAGUUGAUUGUAUAUAAAUUCAAACCCUUGAAUGUUUCUCUUGUUAAUAACUCACUCUGAUUCCGAUUUAUUUUACAUAAGACAUUUUAUUAGACUCUGGGAGUGCAGAUCUGAACUGGAAGUAUAAUUGAAUAAUUGUAUUUUUGGAGAAUUUAUGUAAAAUGCUGUUAACGGCAUAGGUGGAGUACCUGAGUGCACAAAACUGUUCAUCUUUAAUCUGAAUCACAAUGUAAUAGAAUGCAGCGUCCUCAUAUUGAAGAAACAGUAAGGAGAGUUGCGCAAGGGGAGGGAACUCCAUCAUUUCCUGCGGGACGUUUGAUUGGUGGGCCAGUAAGUGCGGCACAGAGGUUUGAGGGAGCAGAAACUAUGUCUGGUGGUCUUCAGUAUCCGUUGCAAAAUUUUCCUGGAGGUCAGCCAGGCCAUCCGCAUACAUCACCUAUUCAGUUACCAUCAGCUAUCACAGGGGCGGCUCCUGGCGGACCGACUGCUCAUCUGGCAGCAGGACAUCCGCCCCCAUCUCAGGUACAUGCAGCACAAGUUCAAGGUCAGCAGCAGCAGUUUCAGAGGUUAAAGGUCGAGGAUGCAUUGUCUUACCUGGAUCAAGUGAAGCUACAGUUCGGGAACCAGCCACAAGUUUAUAAUGACUUCCUGGACAUCAUGAAGGAAUUUAAGUCACAGACUAUUGACACACCUGGUGUGAUCAACAGAGUCUCAAACCUGUUCAAGGGCCACCCUGAACUAAUUGUUGGAUUCAACACGUUUCUACCACCCGGGUAUAAAAUAGAAGUACAGGCCAAUGAAAUUAACGUUCAUCAGCCUGGUCAGCAGACCGUGUCCAUCUCAACAUUAAAUCAGAUGGCCCAGGCCGCAGCUAAUUCACAGCAACAUAAUCAAAAGCCCAUUCAAAGUCAUGUGACCAACACAGCGGCCAAUAAUUCCCAUGCAUCUCCACAUACCUACCACCAGCCACCAAGGCCGGGUCCCGACACUAGUGUCAGUCAUGGGGCUCAGAACAGCAACCAGCCAGGCCAGCAACCAGUUGAGUUUAAUCAUGCUAUUAAUUAUGUGAACAAAAUAAAGAAUCGUUUCCAAGGGCAACCAGAGAUAUACAAGGCUUUCCUAGAGAUACUUCACACCUAUCAGAAGGAACAAAGAACUAUAAAGGAAGGAGGGCUGGCGUCAGUCUGUCCUCCGGGACACAAGCCUCUCACUGAAGCAGAAGUUUAUGCACAAGUUGCCAAGCUUUUCCAGAAUCAGGAAGACCUGUUGGCGGAGUUCGGACAGUUUCUCCCGGAUGCUAAUGGUUCCUCAUCAUACCAAGGCUAUGUUAGCUCACUGUUUGGAGCAGACUCUGUGUUGGGUGUAAGAAAUGAUCAUUCCUCAACUGUGAAGAAACCAGGCUUUCCCAGCAAGAACCAGACCGCCAAAGCAGCCAAUCAGCUGCGAAGGUCCAUCUCUUCUAGCGCUCAACAGCCUAUUAUAAAGAAGCCAAGAAUGGGAACACUAAAAGAUAUCUCCCUGGCCGAAGCUGGAAAGUGGGGAACAUUGAACGAAUAUGCUUUCUUUGACAAGGUGAGGAAAGCACUGCGGCAUCAAGAAGUUUAUGAGAACUUUCUACGAUGUUUGGUCUUAUUCAACCAAGAAGUCAUAUCUAGAUCUGAGCUUGUACAAUUAGUGCAGACAUUUUUAGGGAAAUUUCCAGAGUUAUUUAAGUGGUUCAAAGACUUCCUUGGCUACAAGGAGUCGGGUGGGACGGUGGAGUCCGUACCGCAAAGUUCUACAGGCAAGGAGAGGAUUAGUGGAGAACUAGCCAUGGAAAUUGAUUAUGCCACUUGUAAGAAGUAUGGUGCGAGUUACAGGGCGUUGCCAAAAUCCUACAUCCAACCCAAGUGCUCAGGAAGAACUUCGCUAUGUAAAGAGGUUUUAAACGACACCUGGGUCUCCUUCCCCUCCUGGUCAGAAGAUUCAACGUUUGUUACAUCACGGAAAACUCAGUUUGAGGAACAUAUAUACAGAUGUGAAGAUGAAAGGUUUGAGCUGGAUGUUGUCAUAGAAACGAACUUGUCAACUAUAAGAGUGCUAGAAUCAGUUCAGAAGAAGUUAACUAGGAUGGCACCAGAAGAUGCCGCUAAAUUCAAGUUAGAUAACUGUCUCGGUGGAACGUCAGAAGUUCUGCAUAGAAAGGCAAUUCAAAGAAUAUAUGGUGAUAAAGCCCCGGACAUUGUAGAUGGCUUAAAGAAAAAUCCUGUUGUUGCUGUUCCAUUAGUGCUAAGAAGAUUAAAAGCUAAGGAGGAGGAAUGGAGAGAAGCACAGAGGAAUUUCAACCGAAUCUGGCGUGAACAAAACGAAAAAUACUAUCUCAAGUCGCUGGACCAUCAGGGAAUCAAUUUUAAGCAGAAUGAUAUUAAAGCAAUACGAUCCAAGGCCUUACUGAAUGAAAUAGAAACUAUUUAUGAUGAGCGGCAGGAGCAACUUCAGGAUGGUGGUUCCGACUUCGGUUCACCACAUCUCAGUUUUGUGUUCAAAGAUAAAUCUAUCAUAGAAGAUGCAGCUGGUUUAAUCAUUCAUCACAUGAAAAGACAGACAAGUAUACAUAAAGAGGACAAACAGAGAAUUAAAGUAUUACUGAAACAUUUCAUCCCUGAUUUAUUCUUCACUCCACGCCAGGAUCUCAGUGAUGAUGAAAUGGACAAAGAUGAUGAUGAAAUGGAUUCAGAUGAGGUGGUGGGGGAACUGACAAAGACAAAGAUAAAAGAAAAAUCUGAUAACGAAAAAUCUGACAAUGGUAAAACAUCAGACACUGUUAAAGUCAAACAGGAGAAAACUGACUCUAAUACUGAUAAAGGUGAUAGUAAAACUGUGGAAGUGAAAGAAGAAAAGAUGGAUGUGGAUGAAGACAUCAAGGAAGAAGUGAAGGAAGAAAUGGAUGAUGUGAAAGAGGAGGAAGAUGAUGAUAAUGAUUUAGCUGAUGAUGAUCUAUAUUCAGUGUUCUUUGUCAACAAUAACUGGUACCUGUUCUUCCGGCUACAUCAACUUCUGUGUGAGAGGUUACAUACAGUGUACUGUCACUCUCAGAAAGUGGCCGAGGAAGAGGCUCUCUGCAGGAAGGAUAGGAAAGAAUCCACAGCCGUAGCUUUACGAUUGAAGGCUCCUAGUGAGAUCGAGCCAGAUGAGUAUUUCCCAUAUUUUCUUGAUAUGAUUAAGAAUGUACUAGAUGGAAAUCUAGAGAGCUCCUCAUACGAAGAUCAGCUACGAGAGAUGUACGGCAUUCAUGCAUACAUUGCCUUCACAAUGGAUAAAUUAGUGCAGAAUAUUGUACGCCAGUUGCAGCACAUUGUAUCCGAUGACAACUGUGUAAAAGUGACCGAGAUGUUUCAUGAAGAAAAGAAGAACAAAGCAACAGGAGGACGUAUAGCCACUUUCCAACAACGACAAAUGGCAGAGAACUCCUACCAGAAACGUACAGAGCAGCUGCUUACAGAAGAAAACUGCUUUAAAAUAGUUGUGUUCAAGAAAGAGUGUAAAUUGACUCUAGAAUUAUUGGACACGGACCAUGAGGCUAUGGAGGACCCAGUUGAGGUGGAACGUUGGUCUGAGUAUGUGGAAAAAUAUGUAAAUAAUGAGGAUACAGUUGAAGAAGAAUUGAAAGAAGUUUUGUCAAGGAAGCCUGUGUUCUUACCAAGAAAUGUACGGCAGUGGAGACAGAGAAAUAAAGAACAAACUGACAGAGUAGAAAUAGAAACUAGCCUCAGAGAGCUCACUGAAGUUAAGGACAAGAAAUCUGACGAGCCUUCAGCAGAUAAAUCGGAAGAAACAAAAUCCGAAAAGAAAGAUGAAAAUGAAACUGAUGAUAAAGAAAGAAUACAGAAGAACGAAGGAGGGGAGAAAAUGGACACUGAAUCUAGUGAAAAUGCAAACAAUAAUAAUGCUGGGGAUAGUGCAAAAGAGGAGAGUGAACUGAAACCGCCAGACGAUGUUGAUAUUAUAGACAAUACAGAGUGUAAAUUUAAUGUCAACUCGUUUAAACUGGUCUACGUUGUGAACAGUGAAAGUUACCUCUAUAAAAGAAUGGCAUUAAAGAGGGCACGAGAGUCUCAUCAGAAGGUGUCACUAAAAUUGCACAACAAGUUCAGUUCCUGGGUGGAGAAGUGGAGAAAAGGAAAUGUGACGAAAGAAAUGGAGGCGAAAUGCAACAAAUGGUUAAUGGGGGAGACGGACAAUAAUCGACCUUGUGAAACGUCCAAGAGGGAAAUAGAUAUCCCGGAGAAAUCGCCGUACUAUAAAUAUUAUAAAUACAAGGUGCAGUUCUUGAAAGAUGCACCCGACCCGGACCAAGAUUGAGGAGUGAUUUAUCAUUAUGACAUUGUUAAUCUAUGGACUUACUAGUAAAACUGACUGGAGUAUGGAGUAAAUGAAUGAAGUAUAUCUGAUCGGGGGAAUAAAAGCUGUAUGGUUUUAAAGUUUGAUGUCGAUGGUAAUAGUCAUUUGGUUAUAGCGGUGGAUAUGGAGUGAAGAACUUGGAUGAGUUAAUGGUCUUGCUAAUAGAAGUUCUCUCCGAAAUGAUUCACUGUUAUUGAGAACAUGUGUCAAAGAUUGUGACGGAAUUUGUAGGAGUAAAUGUUGAAAGUGUACUUUGUGUGAUACUGUGACAUCAGAAGUGGAGAUUUUCUGACAUUCAGGAGCCAGGGUCUCUUACUGCAAUUAGGUCAACGAUCUAACCAGUAGGAAAAUCAGUCUCUGUUUGUGCGAUGACUAAAGGUGACAUUUUAGAAGAUUAUCUGACUGGAAAAACAUGUGACAAGAGUUACAGGGAUUGAUUCUUGAGAUAAAGUAUCUUAUUUACCUGUUUCUCAAACAUGUCAAGCAAGAUGUGUUCCACGACUGUUGUAUUCUGUCCAGUUUUUCAUUCGAAAGAAGGAACUGUGUUCUGUUUCACUAUAUCUGUCUUACCGUAUUUAUUCCAUUAAAUACUAGUAUAUGCAAAUAGAGGAUUUUGACAUUCCAUUGAUAGAUUUAGAAAGAUAAUAAGGAAAAAAAAUACCAUAGACUAGGCCAUAUUUUGCAGAGGAUUUAUUUUGUGAUUUCAAGAUUAUAUUUUUAUGAGAUGUGAAACCAAAAUUUGUAGUCCUGUUUGGCGCCAUAUAACCUAUACUGUGUUGGUGCGCCGUAAAACCCAAAUAAAUAAAAGUAAAUUCAAGAUUAUAUGUCUUAUUCAUGCUGUUAAAAAAAGCAAAACAUUUUGUUUUUGUGUAUUAAGAUGUGCUGCAUGAUUUAAUAAUUGCGAAUUUUACCCAGUUUAUGGUAGUGUGCAUUAUGCUUGCCAUUUACUGAAACAAAUACGGUAAAUGUUUUGAUUUGUGUACCAUAAUAUGUGCAAAUAUUAUCAUGUAAAUUAGCUCUAGAUAUUUAUUUCCCAUUCAUUUUGUAAAAAAAAACCCAUUUUAUUUGAUCAUUGAACAUGGAUAUUCUGUGAGUCCUGGUAAUGUACAUAUCAUUUUUAAUUGUAUAGGUAUUUGUUGUUGUCAGGUGGUGUACUGUACUAAAUUUAAUUACUACUCCACAACCUGUUUUGAUUUGGUGCAUGUGUAGCCAAGUGUAAAGGAUACCAACUUUCACUUUAAUUUUAAGGUAAUGCUAUGUGAGCACUACUUCAGUUUGGUCUCUUCUCUCGCCACCCCCUCCCCCACCCCCAUCCCAAAGCUGAAAGCAUGACACAAGUCUUGAAUAGUAUUGGUGUGAAUUAAAACUGCAAAACAAAAGAAGAACAUAAACAGUCAGAAACUUAUGACAUGGUUAAUUUUUGAAGUCUUUAAAUGUAAGAAAGGGCCUCCUUGGCUGUUGGGGUCCCAGACUUGAAUCUCUUGCUCCUCACUGCAUGGGAUGUAGAACUAUUUUCAAGUGAGGAAGCCAUGGGGCCUUCCUCCAUCAUCAGAUGGAAGGUUACCAUGUGACCUAGUGAUUACGUUUUAGCAAUACAUGGCAUUUUGUAUGUUUUCAUAUGUUGAGACACCAACUUCAUUCUGGGCAAUAAAAAUAAAUAACACGAGGUUAUAUCAUCUGAUGUAAUGAAAAUGCAGAACUACUUUAAUAAUACAUUUCUGAUACAAGAAAUUCAGUAAUAAAUUUUUAAUAUUUGUGUAGAUAGUGCACUGACAAUUUACAGGUGUCAGUAGAAUUUACAUGCAAAACACUUGAGCAGGGCUUUUCCCCUUAUAAAUCUACCUCUGGUAAAUGGAGGCAGUCCCAAAGCAAAACAGUAUGUUUUUUGUUUUUUUUCCCCCGAAUUCUGAACUUAAAAUUUCCAAAUGAUUGUUAACUUGAUCCAUUUUGAUACUUUGUAUGUUGAUCUUUAUUAUUUUUAUUAUCAACAUUUAUGAUACACUGUUGAACAACUUUUAAAAUGUCAUCCCACAUCUGUAAACAUACCGGUAGCACAGAUAAAAAUCUUUACAGACAUUAAAUUAACUUUCAAUUCUUCCCGAUUACAAUGUACGACGGCUUUGGGAAGUAUUUUCCCAAUUCCCCUGGUGCUGGUGGCAUUCCCAAAAUGAUGAAAGAAAGGUCUGCUUAAUUUGACCAUCUAUUUUUGGGGAUUGCUGAAAAGGGGUUUAAGAUAAAGAACAGGUCCAUCAUUCAAUUUGGGCAAUACCAUUUAUUAACCAAAGGGGUGUUCACAUGUAGGCUGAUCAUGGUCUGCACUGUUGGCUAUUCAGUCAGUAAAUUUUCAUUGAAUACCACUUUGAAUAAGAAAUGGUACUGACCAAAUUGAAUGAUGGACCAGUCCAUUUUAGAAAUUUAACAGGGUAAAGGUUAAUAAAAUUCCUUGUCAAUGAAUUUGUGGUUAGCUUUCAUGGUGGACAGAAAACAUGUGAGACUGUUCAUUGUAUAUAGUAGACAAAAUAAUGAAAUUGUCUUGUAAAAGAGCCUGAUCAGAUAGUAUGUACUUUAGUGUAAGAAAACGAGGUUCCAAAAAACACAGGUUGAAGACUUGUUUAUAUUGAAAUCAUAAAGACUUUGGAAGUGUUUGUUUCUGUUGUUUGUAUAUUUAUUUUAUUAGAAAAAGUCACAGAAGUUAAUAUGAAUUUGAUUUUUAAUAUAAGAAUUUCAAAAUUUGUCUUAAGAAGUUUUGAUUUAAUAUGUUGAUUGUAACAGUACUAUUUUAAAGAAAACUGUCCAGAAUUGAUGCCACUUUUUUGCAAUGACUAUGUAUUUGUUAAAUGUAAGAAGUUGGAAAAAAGAUACACUUAUAAUGCUAGCUAGAUUAUGGAUUGCUUGUUCACACAGAUUCACUUGAGGAAAAACCUGUUUCUCUGUAAAUAAUGUGCUGGAUACAUUUUCGAUAACUCGAGCAUUUUGCUAAACACCUUGUGACCUCGAGUUACAAGUGUUUUUACAGGUCUGGGAUUUCUCAGGAAUGGUCCCCGAUUUCAGGCCUUUAAUUGCCAGAAUUGCCGUUUAUAGCUCAAAUGGGAGUUGACAUUUUCAGGCUUUAGAAAAGUUGAUUUUCAGGUUUCUCAUUUUUAACUGAAUCCCAUUCCUGGUGUUAUUGUAUCCAUUUUCUUGUUUUCAUACUUGUAAAAUUGGGAACAAAUUAUCUAUAGAACAGCUCGUAUAUUACGAUUUUGUGUAAAUCCCACUUCUGUAAAUUAUUACUUUUUCCAAAAUGAAGUGAUGAUGAAAUUAAGUUUUAUUCGCCAUUGUAUACAAAACUCAUUUUCAUUUUCAUACCGUAUAUUUUCGCUUAUAAGACGCAUUAUUACGAGUCGUAUUUUAAGUUCAAAGAGUGGGGAACAUCUCAUAAGCGUGUACUAUAAGGAAAUUAAAAGAAAAAGAAACGCCAGAUUGCAUGUCCAUUGUCGGGGUGCGUCUUAUAAUCGAGUGUGUCUUAUAAGCGAAAAUACAUGAUAAUUAUCAUCAUCAUAAUCAUCCAUAUGUUUUGACAGUUGUUAAGUUUCUGUGUAUGUUUUCAUGCCGAAUGCAAUUUCUCUAUAAUAUUAUAGCCUUACGUCGACAGAGAAAUUCAUUCAAUAAUGAAAUUUUUGUCUUCAUGUUCUUAUGUCAUAGAAUAAACUUUGAAUAUUAUUGGAAUAGAUACAAA